AUGUCAUCCUCCGCCCGCCGCCGCGGCUCCAGCCUGUCGCGCCGACACGCCUUCGCCAUUCGCUGUGUCAUCGCGCCUGUCGCCGGGCAGAACACGGCCGCCGUUUACCACUCGCCGGGGUGGUCCGGGGGCUCGCCCGUCACCUCGGUUCGACGUACGCGGGACCUGCCGUCUGCGGGGUCCAGCUCUUUGCCAGCGGCAGCGUGGCCCCCGGACCCCAACCCGAGGUCACCCGCCCCCGAGGCCGCCUGGUCGUCCAGGCCGGGUUCCGUGGCAACCGCGGGACACCUUCCUAACGCGUCCGCGACUCAUUUCAGCACCCCUCCCUCGCGCUCUUCGCGAUCGGCGGCCACACCACCCGGGCUGACAAGUCGGAGGUCUGUCUCGGCGACUCCGGAUGGUUCCGAUCCUCCGCUGACCCCCAGUGCCCGACGGAGCGGUUCGGGGUCCAGUACCUCGGGUAUCCUGACAUCAGCACCUCAGAGGCCCGGAGAAGGCGCCGGAAGCAAGUCGAGCGCUGGCACCAAAUUUCCCGGAAAGGCGGGAGGUUCCUUUUCAAGCCCAAGUCUUCCUGUCAGCCCCACCGGCCAAUCCCAAGGCUCUGAGCAGGCCAGCAGAGACUCCGCGCUCAGCGACGCCGCUCAAGGUAUUCACCUUCUCCUGAACCCGCCGGAGAUGCCUCUCCCGAGCCAGGGGCCCUUCGUCCGGCCCCACACCACCACCCGGGCGGCGCCUGAGCCCACGAUGGUUCCUCCAGAGGAGUUCUACCCAACCCACACCAUGGAGGACGACUGGGGGUCCGGGGACUACCUGGAGACCAUGUCCUUCAUGGGACCUGAGGGAGACGACUUCCCGCUGGCCACCAGCCUGCCCACGGAUGUGUACGACCAAGAGGACUGGAGCACCGAAGUUUACGACACGUCCUUCCCCUCCAGGAUAGUCCCGCCUCUGUCCUCCUUGCACGUCUCCAUUUCUCCCACCUUCACCACGGCCUACGGCGGCGGCCUCCGCUCGGCCGAGCCCUCGACGCCCCGGCCUUCUCGAGACCGGCCCUCUCCGGCCACGACCCAGAGGGGUCCGGACGAGGGCUCGGACCCGGACUGGGCCGACACCUACACCGUGGAGCCGACCGAGAUCCUGCUGCCGGAUAUGAACAGCCUGGAGUACUACACCACGCUGCUGGCCAAGGAGAACUCCAGCGCAGCCCAGCGCAACCUCACCUCCUCGGGCCACCUUCCCCAGGCGUCCCUGGCGACCCCCCACAUCUCGCCCACCAGCUCCCUGCCUGCAGGGCUCACCCCAACCGCGGAGGAGUCCUCCGGGGACGAAUCGGGCUCAGGAGCCCCCAAUUUUACCACCACCGAUGGAGGCGUUAUCCGGCCCUAUCUGGAGAACGGUUCGGAGCCCGUGCUGGAGCCGUCGGGGACACUUACGCCUUCCAUGACGCUCUCCACCUCUCUGUGGGGGGGUCAGGUCUCCGCGGUGCCGACGCCAUUGCCUGGGGCGACCAGCAGCUCCGCCUCCCAGGGCUCGGAUGGUCAGUGGUUCAUCUCGGCCUCCUCGACGGAGACGGCGCUUCGCCCUACGGCGAGUGCCACCACCCACGCCACGCCCGCGCUGAGCAGCUCCACCCUGUCCUCCACGCCCUCGCCCAUCACCGCCGCCACCGGCUUGGCUGACCAAGGCCCGGAGACCGCGACCACUGGCGCCGACCGCAGCCAGACCACGGCCAAAGACGCCGAACCGGCUUCCACCGCGACUCCCGGUCGAACCUCCACGCUGACCACCACGACCGGGGGACCGUUAGUUGUGACCUCCAAAAUCCCGCUGUCCACAGCCGGUCGCCAAUACCUCUGCAACAUCACCAAGCCCGAGACCUACUUAGUCAGAGCGGACUUUCCAGAGGGGUCCACUACCGGUUACGGCAAGUCCCUCCUCCGUGAGGUCCUUAAGGGUGAAUUCAACCGCUCGUUCGAGCUACAGAUUCUGAAAUCGCCGUCAGACUUUGUCUUCCGCGUGGUGUCGGGCACUGUGGUCUACACGGCGAUCUCGGUCAUCAACGCGAUUCGCCAGUCCGCCCGAAGUUCCUCUGUGGGCCUGACGGCCAUGCCUGUAGUCGCCGUGCCCGACUCCAAGUUCCAGGUCCACUCAGUGCUGCAGUUCGUGCCCAGCCACCUGGACGUGCGUCUGUGCAGCUUCGCCGAGCGCAUCGAGAGAGGCCUCACCAUGGCCUACGCUGAAGUGCGCCGGCGCUCCAACGAGUCCACCAACUUCAGCGUGCACAUUCUGAACAUCACGACCAGCGUCCCGAAGCCCCAGCGGCAGCAGAGGGCGCCGGUGGACGUGACCUUCGCCGUGCGGGACGGGAGCGGGUACCUGAGGGGCUCGGACGUCAGCGCGCACCUGCGGCUGCUCAACACCGUGGAGUUCAGCUUCCACCUGGGCUUCCCCGUGCUGCAGGUCGCCGAGCCGUUUCACUACCCGGAGCUCAAUGUCACCCAGGUGCUGAGGUCCUCCUGGGUCAGGACAGUGUUGCUGGGUGUGCUGGAUCAGCGGGUGAGCGAGCGCACCUUCCAGGCUAAGAUGGAGCGGCGUCUGGCCCAGCUGCUGGGGGAGGUGCUGGGGUCAGCGCGGCGAUGGAGGAGGGCCACCAGCGUGGGCAACAACACUAUGCAGAUUGUGCAGGUGUCCCGGCUGGAGGGCUCAGACCACCCCCUGGAGGUGGUGUACUUUGUGGAGGGCCCCAGCGGGGAGAGGGUCCCGGCCGUCACCACCUCCGACAUGCUGAACCAGCUGGACGUGCAGCGGGCCGCCAUCGUCCUGGGGUACCGCGUGCAGGGGGUCCUGGCCCAGCCGUUUCACUACCCGGAGCUCAAUGUCACCCAGGUGCUGAGGUCCUCCUGGGUCAGGACAGUGUUGCUGGGUGUGCUGGAUCAGCGGGUGAGCGAGCGCACCUUCCAGGCUAAGAUGGAGCGGCGUCUGGCCCAGCUGCUGGGGGAGGUGCUGGGGUCAGCGCGGCGAUGGAGGAGGGCCACCAGCGUGGGCAACAACACUGUGCAGAUUGUGCGGGCGUCCCGGCUGGAGGGCUCAGACCACCCCCUGGAGGUGGUGUACUUUGUGGAGGGCCCCAGCGGGGAGAGGGUCCCGGCCGUCACCACCUCCGACAUGCUCAACCAGCUGGACGUGCAGCGGGCCGCCAUCGUCCUGGGGUACCGCGUGCAGGGGGUCCUGGCCCAGCCGGUGGAGAAGAUGGACGCCCCGCCCUCGGAGACGCAGAGCAGCAACAUGUGGAUCAUCGUGGGCGUGGUGGUGCCCGUGCUGGUGGUGCUCAUCAUCAUCAUCAUCCUCUACUGGAAGAUGUGCCGCACCGACAAGCUGGAGUUCCAGCCCGACGCCAUGGCGACCGUCCAGCAGAGGCAGAAGCUCCAGGCUCCCAGUGUUAAAGGCUUUGACUUUGCCAAGCUGCACCUGGGUCAGCACAGUAAGGAUGACAUCAUGGUGAUCCAGGAGCCCGCCCCCCUCCCCGCGCCCGUAAAGGAGGCGACGCCGUCGGAGAGCGGGGACGUGCCCACCCCCAAAUCCAAGACCUCCUCCACCAAGGCGUCCCGCGCAGCCCGCCGCAGAGGGAGGAUCUCCCCGUCGGACGGAGACUCCAUGGCGAGCGAGCCGUCGAGCGGGAGGGAGUCGACCGAGGAGAACCUGAGAGCGCCCGUCACCCCCUGCGAGGGGAAGCAGAACCGCAAAGCCACCAAGAACGGGAAGAAUAAAAUUGGCCCCCCGCCGGCGAACGGGACGGACGAGCAGCUCUCCUCGGCCUCCAUCUUCGAGCACGUGGACCGCAUGUCUCGCUGUGGGGACGGGACGCGGCGCGUGGCCAAUAAGAUCCAGCUGAUCGCCAUGCAGCCAAUCCCGGCCCCGCCCCAGCACAGCCCCGCCGUCACCGAGCGCGUGUCCGAGAGCGCCAAGAUCAACAAGGAGAUCCAGGUGGCACUGCGGCACAAGUCGGAGAUCGAGCACCACCGCAACAAGAUCCGGCUGAGGGCCAAGCGCAGGGGCCACUACGACUUCCCCGCCAUGGACGACAUCAUGGACACCUUCGGCGACCUCAAGGACCCCGACCAGAUCUACCAGAAGGCCCAGAUGCAGAUCGACAAGAUCCUGGACCCCGAGGCGCACAUGCCCUCCAUCUUCAUGGAGCCCAGGAAGAGCGCCCGGGGGAAGCGCUCGCCCAAGCAGAGGAAGAAGCCGCAGGUGAACGGGACGGCGCUGGAGGAUAAGGACCGGCUCAUCACCACCGACAGCGACGGCACCUACCGGAAGUACCCCGGCGUCAACAACGUGGCCUACGUGUCGGACCCAGACCAGCUCCCAGAGAUCCGGAGCCCCUCCCCCAGCGACGACGUGUUCCUGGCCCCCGGCUCCCCCCCCCCGGGCCCGGCCCCGCCGCCCCCCUACGUGCCCCCGCAGCCCUCCAUCGAGGAGGCCCGGCAGCAGAUGCACUCCCUGCUGGACGACGCCUUCGCCCUGGUGUCGCCCUCCUCCCAGGGCAGCACGCCCGGCAUCAACCUGCCCAGCUCCAGCCCCCCGCCCCGCACCCCCCGCGCCCCGCCCAGCGGCCAGUGGGGCUCCCCCCACCCCUCCGCACCGGCCCUCAGCCCCUUCUCCGCGAGAUACGCUGAGCUCGGCAUGUCCCCUCCCUCGGUCCAGAGCUUACUACAGCGUCAGGGCCUGGGUUCGGGGUACACAACUGACGCAGGACGUGGGGAGCAGCUGCAGCCGGACGCCCUGUACUCCAGCAGGGCGCUAUACUCCGAGGAGCUGCCCUCCUCUGCCCGGCCCCGGCCAGUAGGGGGCACUACAGGCGCCCAGCUUCAUCACCUGACGCAGGUGGGUCUGUCGAGUCGGAUCAGCGCGUACCCUGGGGGGGGCAGGGGGGGCUCAGCUCAGCCAGGAGCCACCGUCUGGGGACCCUAUCGCCCCGAGGAUGAGUACAGCAGAUCUGCCCCCGUCAGAGACACUGUCCUGGGCUCCCCCGACAGCUCGGUCCCCUCCCUGUUCCAGAUGCCGCGCACCUCGCUGAGGGAGCCCUCGGCCCCCCCGACCCUCCUGGACCCCCCCGGGCUGGCCUACCCCUCAGCCCCCCUGGAGGAUAACUCGCCCCCGAGCCACUCCUCCGCCUCCCUCAUCAAGGCCAUCCGGGAGGAGCUGAUGCGCCUCUCCCAAAAACAGGCCGCCGUGCCCAACUACCACGGCUGA